AUGGCGGGAGGCGCGAGGCGGGAGGCGCGAGGCGGGAGGCGGGAUGGCGGGAGGGGGGAAGCGGGGAAGCGGGAGGCGGGAGGCGGGAGGGGGGAGGCGGGAGGCGGGAGGCGGGAGGCGGGAGACGGGAGACGGGAGGCGGGAGACGGGAGACGGGAGGGGGGAGGCGGGAGGCGCGAGGCGGGAGGCGGGAUGGCGGGAGGGGGGAAGCGGGAGGCGGGAGGGGGGAGGCGGGAGGCGCGAGGCGCGAGGCGGGAGGCGCGAGGCGGGAUGGCGGGAGGCGCGAGGCGCGAGGCGGGAGGCGGGAUGGCGCGAGGCGGGAGGCGGGAUGGCGGGAGGGGGGAAGCGGGAGGCGGGAGGCGGGAGGCGGGAGGCGGGAGACGGGAGACGGGAGACGGGAGGCGGGAGACGGGAGACGGGAGGCGGGAGGCGGGAGACGGGAGGCGGGAGGCGGGAGACGGGAGACGGGAGGCGGGAGGCGGGAGACGGGAGACGGGAGGCGGGAGGCGGGAGGCGGGAGGCGGGAGGCGCGAGGCGGGAGGCGGGAUGGCGGGAGGGGGGAAGCGGGAGGCGGGAGGCGGGAGGGGGGAGGCGGGAGGGGGCACGCCGGACACGCGCCGCGCCAGUCAAGAGAAACAAGCGAUCCGAGUCACUUGA